AUAGUUUGGUCUCUGGGUCAAUGCCCUUCUCUCUCCCUCGUUUUAUUUCAGUUUCUUCAAUUUCUUCCAUAUUGUUUUCAUCAAACAUCUUCACAGUCCCAUUUUACUCUGACGUGAUUCCCCCCGCCCUGAGCAAAUUUCAUCUUCUUCCUCUUCUAAUUUGUGUUUUCUUAUUACUGUGAUUUGGGUUCAAUCAGAUCUCGUCCUUGGUUGCUUCUGAUCCGACGCUGAACCUCUCUACUUCACGAGCUUCUGAGCAGCGUGGAGGGUUUUAUUCGAAUCUCUUUGUUUCCUUGGGACAGCCCGUUGAUCUGGAGUUGUUAUCUUACUUCUAGUUUCAACCCACUGGAGAUUUAAGCAAUAUUAUAUUUUCUCUGGUAGGUCCUAGCUCGCAAUGAAAUCACACGAUGCAGUUGAUUUAGAAGAUGGGAAGACGGGAAAAUCCGGAGAUAAGCCAAUGCAAAGAAAGAUACAUAAUCGGGCUUUGCUAUCGGGUUUAGCUUAUUGCAUUUCAUCAUGCAGCAUGAUUCUUGUGAACAAGUUUGUACUUUCCAGCUACAACUUCAAUGCUGGGAUAUUUUUAAUGUUAUACCAGAACUUAGUCUCAGUGAUCAUUGUGGUGUUUUUGAGCUUAAUGGGUCUAAUAACAACAGAACCGCUGACCUUGAGAUUAAUGAAGGUCUGGUUUCCAGUGAACGUGAUAUUUGUUGGCAUGCUUAUCACAAGCAUGUUUAGUUUGAAAUACAUCAAUGUAGCAAUGGUCACUGUCCUGAAGAAUGUCACCAAUGUGAUAACUGCAGUUGGGGAGAUGUAUCUAUUCAACAAGCAACAUGACAACAGAGUGUGGGCUGCUCUCUUCUUAAUGAUAAUUUCCGCAGUUUCUGGAGGGAUAACGGACCUAUCAUUCAAUGCUGUUGGCUAUGCUUGGCAGAUUGCCAAUUGCUUCUUAACUGCAUCGUACUCUCUAACUUUGAGAAAGACCAUGGAUACGGCCAAGCAUGUUACUCAAUCUGGAAACUUGAACGAGUUCUCCAUGGUCUUGCUUAAUAACACACUUUCAUUACCACUUGGGCUUCUGCUUUCUUUUUCCUUCAACGAGAUGGAUUAUCUGUAUCAAACGCCACUUCUGCGAUUGCCAGGUUUCUGGAUGGUCAUGACACUUAGUGGACUUUUAGGGCUUGCCAUUAGCUUCACUUCAAUGUGGUUUCUUCAUCAAACGGGAGCAACAACUUACAGCCUGGUGGGAUCGCUAAACAAGAUACCUUUAUCCAUCGCGGGGAUCGUUCUUUUCAAUGUACCAACCAGUUUACAGAACUCAGCAAGCAUACUCUUUGGUCUUGUGGCUGGGGUUGUAUUUGCCAGAGCCAAAAUGAGGGAGAAGUCCUAAUACCCUUAACAGUUCCAACACAUUUUCCUACAUCAAUCAGUAUAGGACAUGGCAAAAAAGAUGACUAAAGCAGAGCAAUGAGUUUACAACCUCAGAAUUUCUAUUCACAUUAUGUGUGUUUCUGUAACUACUAAACCAUCCGCCACUCUGUUUGUAGAAGAAGACAGUAAAAUAUUAAUGAAUGUAUCGAUUCUUAGUGGUAAAAUUAAUAUCGAGAUACUCAUGUCGAAACGAAAUUAGACUGUCAAGUUCGUAUCCCUCAAAACAUUUCUUGUCCUACCUAUUUA